CAUGGGCAGCGGCAGCAGCCGGAGCUUCGGGGUGCAGAGGCGGCGGGGGCCCCACUGCCCCGCGGCUCCCGAGCACGGCCCGAGCGCGGCGAUUGCGGCGGUGACCGCAGACGCGGCCCCGGCCCCGGAGACAGCGGCGCCCUCCGACGGCCGCGCGGAGGCGCUGCGCCUGCUGGACCUGCUGCUGGCCGAGUCCGCGGCUUGGGGCGCGCAGGGGCCCGCGGGGUCCCCGCCUGAGGUGUCCCCAGGGCUGCAGGCUGAGGACACCCCAGAGAGCAGCCGAGAGAGCAGCCGAGCCUCCGAAGCCCUAGGUGAGAACCCUACCCAGGCCUCGAGGCAGUCUUCCAUCUCCUACAGCCGCGCGGAAGAGGAGCUGAUGGCCAGUAUUGAGCAGGAGUAUGGCCACUAAGGCUGCUCACAGUGGCUGUCCUGGUCCCCAUCUGUCCCUAGCCAGGCAUCAGUGGAACAGAGCCACCUCCUGAGGACCCGCUCUGGACUCAAAUCCCCCUGAGCAGUCUCGUACACAGCCGCUGAGGGGCCUGGAGACCAGCACUGGUCCUCUGUGUCGUCAGGAGCCAGUGACCCUUUCUUAUGUCACCACUGUCCAGGGAGCACAGGCUUCUGAGGCUGGGACUGUGGUCAGGCGCCACCAGCCAGCAUGCCCGCCAUGGCAGCUUUUGCUGAAACAGGCGCCCUUCAGAGGUGGAGCCCCAGGAUGCAGCCCUGGGCCAGGCGUCCCCACUCCUCUGGUCCUCAAGGGUCACCAGCUAUCAGGACGCCAGAAUUUCCAUGGUCAGGGUGAGAGUGGCUUUGAUCCCAGCUCCUAGGGCUCCUAAGCCCAAAGCAUCCCUUCUGACAGGAGAGGACCACUGCUAACUCAAGUGCUGACUGUAAAAGAAGCUGAAAAAAGAAUGCUGAAUUUUUAUUCUUAAACUGAAUGUGGUGAUGCACACCUGUGACCCCAAUGCUGAGGUGGCUGGGGCAGGAGGAUCCCAGAGAGUUUAAAGCUGAGCUGGACUAGAUUGCAAGACCCUGGCCCAAAACAACAAAUAAAUAAAAGAGUUUUCUUACUGCCAGAA